AUGAGCGGGGCUACGAUUAACCACAUUACGUUUACUAAUGAUGGUAAGACAAUGUGCGUUAGCUACUCAAAUGGCUUUGGAGUAUACAACACUCUCCCAUUUGAAGAGAAAUUCAGGCAAAUAGAAAACAGACAAAUAUCACAUGCAAUUACAAUGACAGGAAUCAACAAAGUAGUUUACUCCGGUGUUGAAGGACAGAGAUCCUUUAGUGAUAAAUCAGUUUGUGUCUUUGAUUGCUCAAUUCACAGACCAUUAACGCAAAUUGACUGUCCAGAAACAAUCAAAGGUCUAUAUAUGCUACCUAAAAUGUUCGCAAUUGCCUUAAAGAAUGAAAUUCGCGUUUACAAUUUCGAACCUGCUGGUCUAUAUACUCAAUUACGUUGUGUUCCAAACGAAAAUGCCCCAUGCGACUUUGUUAUCAUCGAUAACAGCUAUGUCAUCGCAAUGUGUGGCCGUCAAACAGGUGCACUUCGUAUUGUUUCUGUCGAAGCAAGCGGCUCAUUAGAUAAAUCGAUUCCUGCUCACAACCAUGCAAUGACUCACAUCAAAUUUAACAUUGAUGGAUCUAUGAUUGCAACAUCCAGUGAAGUAGGUACAAUUAUACGUGUUUUCAAUUCAAAAACAGGAGAUAAAAUUUGUGAAUUCAGACGUGGCUCUUUUUCAGCUACUAUCCAAUCCAUUGCAUUUUGCCAAACAGCAAAUAUCAUCGCUACUACAUCUACAAAGAACACUCUCCAUGUUUUUGCAAUCGAAGAUAAUUAUGAUGAAACAAAACGCUCUACUGCAACAUGGAAAGUUCCAGAUAGCCAACAUACAUCAAUCUCAUUUGCUGGCGAUAAUAAAAUUGUUGCAGCAAUCUCUGCAGGCUCUUUAUUCACUCUCCACUUUAAUGACGCACUGAACGAAAUAGCACUGGAUUCUUCUAACGAUUUCCUUGUAUAA